UGGUCCCCACGAUUCGGCGCGCUUUUCAAAAAGUCCGGCGCUCGCGGGCUCGGCUUGGCGCCCGCGUGUUAAGCGUGCGUGGACGUACAACGCGCGCACGUGUCUCGCCAUCGUUGUUGUUUCUUUACUGACGAUCGUUCUGUUGUAUCAGCUAGAGACAUUGUAUAAACUCUUCGCGGAUAGUAUUUGUUUCAAUAACUACGUAAUUGCAUCAGAUAUAUCUGACAAUCAAGCUGUGUAAGCGACUGCACUUUUCCUAUUAUGAAGAUAGCGUCAGAAAAUAUUCCUUAUGUUUAUAACUAUAAAUUUAUAUGUUAAAGAAGAGAAAUAUGAUUUUUUUUACAUCAUGAUAUAUGCUUUUAUAUUAUAUAAGAUUAAGAGUUUGAUUCGUGUCGUUAAAUAACGCGCUUUGAAAAACGUGAUGACGCAUCGUAAGUUUUUUGACGGAAGAGAAGGAUAAAUAAAAAAAAAAAUGGUUUGAUUGAUUCUUGUUAUUCCUGAUUUCAAACGUAAAGUUUUCGGUUGUUUCUGGAUUUCUUACAAUUAUUAUUUAGUAGAUAUAGACGUUAUAAAAGCUUAUAAAAUGCAGCAUGUGUUUUAAGAAUUUCUGAAAGCAUUUUGAAUUAUUUUCCGUUUUUUUUUAUUAAUUGUAACAAAUUCUAUCAUGUGUCUAUGCUGUGUUGGAACCAAACAAAUACAUAUAAGUAAGGAAAAAUAUAAUAUUUUAUUAAUUAAUAUAAAAUAAAACGAUUUAAGAUUGACGUGUGACUCAAUGGAAGCGUCAACUAGAUCCGUCGGCGAAUUUAAUUUCAACCUUCAUCUCGUAUAGCUAUACUUUAGUUUUAUAAAUUACUGAUUUAAAGAAUUAGAAGAUUGUGAGUGGAAAAGUAAUACGUUUCAGGAAUCUAUAUAUAUUUUUUUAUAUAAAUUAAAACGAUUUCUUAUAGCUUGUAUGUUGAGAACAUACAAAUCAAUAUGAGCAACAAUAAAUGUUUGUAUAGUAUUUAACUAUAACAUUUGAAAUAAAAAUCAAUGCCUGUUUAGAUUUAUAAUCAGAUCCUUGUCAGCUAAAUGUUGAUUUUUCAAUCUUUAUUUUAUUUUAUUGAUUUUAAGAUCUACAUUCCUUUUUCAUGCAUUUAUAAUAAAUUUGAUAAAAUUUAUUAAAUUAAUUUAGUUAAGUUUACUAAAUAUUUUUUAUUAAUACAAUUAUUAUCAGCUUCAGUAAUUUAUCUAUUUAUUAAUGUCUGCGCGGACUCCAAUUACGUCCCGCGCAAUAGUGUUAGUGUCGGGAGUAAUGAUAUCGUUUACAUGUAUUCUUGACAUGCAUAGUUAUCUGUUAUAUGUGAUUGAUCGCAGCUAAAAGAAAACAGAGAAAUAAUCACAAUUUCAUGUAUUUGGUACGUUUCUACAGAUGAUAUUUUUAUAGAACGUUUAGUGAGAUUUUUUAAUGCUGUUUUUUUCUUUGUGAUUAAUUGACUGUGAUGUGAAACUGCAUAAUUAAGUUAUUUACAUCGUUAAAUUUGUUUAAACAAGAAAUCCGUAUUUAUGAAACUAUUUCAGUUUUACGUGAUAUAAUAAAUACAUGUUCAUAAUUACAAUAUAGUACAAAAUAAGAUAAUGUUAAAAACAUAUUGUACAAUACUGUUGAUUUAUAAUUGUUUAUAUGGCAGUAUUGAUCUAUUCGGGAUGUCGAAAUAAAAUUUUGAAACAUAUAAGCGUUAUCUUCUUUUUCUUAUCAUUCUAUUCUUCUCCAUUCGCUCAAAUUCUAUAAAAAUUUUGUAAAUAAAUUUUCUCUUAUUGCUGUGUACUGUUAUACCGGUAAAGCAAUACAGAAAAGAUGGUGGCAGCACCACAUAGCAGUGCGCAGCGGCACCCGUAUUGAUUAACGUAGAUGGAGGCAAAGUCAGCGGGAAAAUCAAUAUCCACAUUUCGCCGGCGCUCUCGCUAUUUUCGACGUGAAAUUUUUCUCGCUCGACAUUCCGUACAUUUCCAAGUUGUUCUAUAAGUGCGCUGAUCUCUAAACACAUCGACGCAUCGUGAGCGAAUAGUCGUAGCGUUGUGAGAAUACGAUGUAGUCGCGUUAGUGCGCUUUCACCAUCUCUUCUUCGCUUGAGCUGAGAAUCUAUUCGCCGUCUCUUCGUUAUACCCUGCGACUUAACUGGAGCAUCGCUUAUUGAAGCAAGCAUCUACUUGCCAUUAAUAAGACAAGUAGUGAAUGGUAUAACGGAGGACAAUACCUGAAGAAAUAAAAGGAGAUAGCAACGUAAUUAGAAGAUUUGUAUAUUGUUGCUAACAACAUAAAAUCUGACUGCAAAAUAGCCAUUUACUGAUGACUCAUCCAUUGCGACACAUUUUUCCAUCAGCUGAUCGAUGUAACAGAAAGAAGAAGAUCUCUACUAUACAGUAUUGAGCAAGUCAAUAUCAUCAACUAAUAGCACGGGCGCACAGGCGCACAUCCUAGAAAAAUAUAUAUAGGAAGAGCAAAUCGACGCUUAUUAAUUACGUUCGACUCGUUAUUUUAAUAACGGGACAAAAUCUGGCUCGCGAAUAUAAACGAGCUGCUUUAAUCCAAAAAUUAUUAUCGAAGGAAAUAAAAGUCUGUGCAUAUCACGAGUUUACGUAAUAGUGAACGGCCGUUGAAGGAUAUCGCAUAAAUCUCCAAGACCGAUUGAGACAGUUGACGGUAGAGGAAACCGUCUUCUAUGCGGCAGGAAUCCCUGACUGGUCUUAAAUUGCGGCCGCCGGGCGAUCACGGUGGUGUACAUCACGGCGGGGUCAUGCUGGAGGAAGAUAUGGCUGGUGCUCAGGACACAAUAUAUCUGUGCAAUUUUCGAGUGUCGGUAGAUGGCGAGUGGCUCUGUUUAAAAGAGCUACAGGAUGUCGAAUUCUCGCUCCAAGAUUCGAUGCAGCGGUCACCAUCACCGCCGCUCGCUCUCAGUGGUAUUAAUCAUCAUCAUGAUCACCAUCAUCAUCAUCGUCAUCAACAGCUUCCUGAGCAGCGAGAGCUUCGCGAUAUUAUGCCACCAAGUCCACCGCCAUUGCAGCACGUCUCCAGCUUGUCACGAGAUCCGGUCAUCAUCGAGAGGAGUAAUCUCGUUAACAUUUCAAAACUAAUCGUCAAGGAGCUGAUCGAAACAUCCUUGAAAUACGGUCGUAUGCUCGAUUCCGAUCAUAUGCCGUUGCAACACUUUUUCAUCGUUCUUGAACAUGUGCUUAGGCAUGGUUUACGGCCGAAGAAGGGUCUUCUCGGACCCAAAAAGGAGCUGUGGGAUAUUCUUCAGCUCGUAGAGAAAUAUUGUCCUGAGGCACAAGAUAUUACGUCCAGCAUUCGUGAUUUACCCACUGUUAGGACGGCUAUGGGUAGGGCGCGCGCUUGGCUGCGUAUGGCGUUGAUGCAAAAAAAAUUAGCAGAUUAUCUCAAAGUUCUGAUAGAUCACAAAGAUGAUAUUUUGUCUGAAUACUUCGAACCGGAUGCCCUGAUGAUGAGCGAAGAGGCAAUUGUAGUCAUGGGUUUGUUAGUGGGAUUAAAUGUGAUCGAUUGCAACUUCUGCGUAAAGGAAGAAGACCUCGAUUGUCAGCAGGGCGUAAUCGACUUUUCAUUAUAUCUGCGAAAUAGUAAUCAUAUACCUGGUGAGUCGCCAGACGACGAACUCGAGAACGACAAUAUGACCACCGUGCUUGAUCAGAAGAAUUAUAUCGAAGAGCUUAACCGACAUUUAAAUGCGACGGUAACGAAUCUCCAAGCUAAAGUAGAAUCUCUGACGACGACGAACGCUCUCAUGAAAGAGGAUCUUGCCAUUGCUAAAAACAAUAUUUUGUCGCUUCAAGAUGAGAACAGGCAACUAAAGAAGGAACUUGGUAUUGAAGUUAAAGAUGCGAACGAGAACGGAAAAAUACCUCUUAAAAUAACAGAAACUACUGCUGAAAUUGAAGAACUUAGAUGCAGGAUAGAAUCGGAAAAGAAAUCUCGGCAUGAUUUAGAGAAAGAACUGGAAUUGCAGAUUAGCAUGAAAUCCGAAAUGGAAGUAGCUAUGAAGUUAUUAGAGAAGGAUAUACAUGAGAAACAGGAUACUAUAAUAUCUUUAAGGCGACAGCUGGAGGAUAUCAAAUUAAUCAACUUGGAAAUGUACAAAAAGCUGCAGGAGUGUGAGCAUGAGCUGACACAAAAGGGCGAAAUGGUGAGCCGUCUUCACGCGAAGACCAAUCAGAUCGGCAAGAUCCUUAACAACCUCGAGAAGUAUAAUCAUUUGAUGAAGGAUGGCGAAGGUAUAAGAAGCCCCACCACUCCGAGUGGCGUAUCGAAAUCUAUUCUUAAUAAGACUAGCUCCACUAUUCCGAGGGGUUGCCCGCCCGCGGGGAAUCCGACCGCCCGGCCGACGGUCGAUCAUCAACGCUCUCUUGAUGAGCAGCCGGCGACAGCAGCCUCUAAUGACAAAUUCAAACAGAGUCGUUCUACCUCCCAGAUUUCUAUGAAUAGUUCAACGACCGAGCAGGCUGCGAAAGAAUAGAGACAGCCUACCCUUACACGAUUAAUUCCACAGCGGAUCUUGACACUUCGGAUAUCGCGGCUAUUCAGCGCUGCACGCGAGGCGUACAUUUUUUAUACGUACACCCUACAGAGUCGUGCAAAAUUACUUUGCCAGAUUUCCACCUGUGUUUCGCGCGUAGCAUACUGUCGUACACAUUUAUUCAGUGCCACUUUUGAAGAUUAAUCGACGCUAUGUUAACGAAUUUAUGUGUAAUUACUAUGAUGUAACGAAAUGAUUUAGUAUGACUUUUCUGAAGCAUUGGAUCGAGUUGCCGAUGCUUUAAUUCGAUACGGACUGUUAUGUUUAAGACAAUAACUGUUAUAGAAAUUACUACAGUAUUGCAUUAUGAAGUACAUGUAUGUACUUAUAAUUAUAUUCUUCACUGAAAAAAUAAUCAAUCAUAAUUUGUCAAUUAACUAAUUUAGAUUAUUGAUCUCGAAAAAUUUGUCAAUAUGUUUGCAAUACUGAUGUGUGAAGUGAGAAAGGACAAUAUACUCCGUGACAUAAAUUAUUUAUUUAUUACUGUAAUAAGAAACUUAUUAAAAAUUAUAAUGUAAAUUCAAAAUCUAAUAUUUUUGAAAUGAACUUCUUAUUCACCUGUCAUCCUACAAAACUAGAAAUUUAAGAAGUCUGGAGACUCCAUGAUUCAUUGAACAUUUCGUUACAUCGUAUAUUUUCAAAAACAUCACACAUUUCACAUAUGACAAAUUACAAAAGAUUUGAGAAAAUGCAUUAUUUUAUUAAAUCUUGUACUAUCACAUGCCUAAUUAUUACAGAAAUAAUUUUCAACUCAAUAUAAAUACAUCACAUUGCUAUUCCAGGUUGACUUAAAAAUUUGGGCAAGCAUAAUCGUCUCUUUCUCUUUCGCCUGUACUCAAUAAAUAUUUAUUUCAGGAGUGCGAAGGUUCACUUAAGCAUAAGACAGAACUGAUUGCAAAGCUGGAAACUAAAACGCUGUCGAUGAGCGAGAGCAUCCAGAAAAUG